CGUCCAGUGUUGUCACACGGCUAAUAAAGAUCAUUUUGGCUCUGUGCUGCCAGGAUGUCCACUGACACACUUUCCUGUGUGCACAUGGAACCCAGAUUCCCUUUGCAUGCCCUUGGUAUCCUCAGAAAAAAGGAAUUUCAUUCAUUCAUCCUCAGAGGCUUCCAGUUUCCUGAGGGGAGCUCGUGUGCUGGCAAGGAGAGAGGCUGAUGGCUAUUAUUACCUGGGCCACGUUGCACAAGAGGUGAAGGGCUCAAGGGAACGCUUCGUAAUCGAGUUUGACAAAAGUCGUGCUCUGAAAGGGAAGGUGGAGCUUCGCAUGCAGGAAACGCCUCUCUACGACAUCCUCCACUACGAAGAUGCCAGGCGACAGCCACUCGCUCCAGGAGACAGGGUCCUGGCACCAUGGGAGGCUAAAGCGGGGCGUUUUGGCCCAGGCACUGUGCUAAAGGUUAUGGAGAAUGAGGAGGCACGUUUAGGUACAGGUAUUGGCUUCCUAAUCAGUGCUAAACUCGCCACAGCUGCUGGUCACAAUACAGAGAAGAGAAAACAGUCACAGCCAUGGAGAAUUCACCACCUGCUGCUUGGUUUCUCAUCCUUGUCUCUUUGCCCUUGGCCCUACACAUCCUGUUCCUUUUCAGUGCUAGAAUUAACACCACCCCCAGAAUCAGCCUUUGUUUUGUUCUGUGAGUGGAAAUGUCUUAAAAAAACAAGUCUAGUUUCUAGCUUUGGCAGGAUAAAAUCCUGUCUCGCUCUGGUUAGUAGGAGAUUUAUUAUCUUUUGCCACUUCAUAGGAAUUUCAAAAGGACAAAUUCUAAACCUUUAAAGAAAAAAUCAUCACAAAAUCGGAAGGGAGUGCUUGUCAGUUUCUGGAACGGGCAGACCAAGGAGGUACCUCCCGACCAAGCCCUGCGCAUCCCCCUGCCCCUCAGCAAGCGCAUCAUCCUGGAACUGCAGAUGCCUCUAGCGGCCAGGCAGCUGGUGGUGGAGUCCAGCUUGGAUUACCCGUACGUCGUGACACCGGGUUACAGACCUUCAGGGCAUCGCAGACGGGGUCGCUCACCUCUGGAGUGCUGGCCAAGCGGCCUGCAUUCAGUUCAGGCCUGUGCUACGUGCAGCUGUAGGUGCACCUUGCUUCCCCACUGCUGCCUGGCAGCCCACGAACACCCUCAGCCCACGGAGCACAAAGUGCAGCAAGAAGAUGCCUUUGUGCCAGGAGCAAGCUGUGCUACCGAAGAGCUCAGCAAGGAAAUAGAAGAGCAACUGUCUGAAGUGAGGAUUUCCUCUUCAGAAAGUGUUUUGAGAGAGGAAGAAAAAAAGGAAGAGAAGAGAUUGAAGACAGACAAUGCUCCAAAUGAUGCUGAGUCUUGUUUGGAAGAGGACAAUGAGGUUUUAGAUCCUAAGAAGAGUCCCCAGAGGGAGCCGGCUCAUGCUACCAUGGUUGAUGCAGCUGUCAGCACGGACAGCUGGCUAAUGGAGGCAGUCCGCAAGGAGGAAGCAGGCAGCAGGCAGCAGGAUGCUGAAACUGAUGCUCAUUUUAAACACAAUCACGGCCUUCCUGAGUCCAGAGUGGCAGAAGCUCCACUCCAGCCUUCCCAAAGGAGCCCUUCCCUAGGAACCAGUGCUGUGGGUCCGUUCAGGCGACAAAGCUUCUUUGACAGAGUGAAUCAAUCACUGGAGAAAGACAGGCUGGCCAUUGAGUCAGCUCUGCGUGUACAGAGGCCACACAGCACCUCCAGUGCGCAGGCUAGGAGAUCCACAAACCUCCUGCAUCUUCUAAAAGACAAAAGCAUUACAAAAUCAGUCCUUAACAGUGCAUCUCAAGAGAGAUGGGAAGAGACGGACCUCAACAGAGCCAAGAUUGAGUACAAAAGGGGACAAGAGGAACAGAGGCAGCAGAAGAGGCAAGAGCAGCAAGAGGAAGAAGCUCUCCGACGUCAGCUACGCCGGAACAACCAGAGGCAGCGAUUGCAUCAGAGAAUGUUGCAAGGGUUGGAGAAACAGCUGGAGCACAAAGACAGAGCUUUGCAGCACAUGGCAUCGCUUCAAGCAGCAUGGUCAGAGCGGAGCAGGAAGGAAUCCUUCUUGUCAGAGGAGGAGAACAGAAAGGAUUUUCUGAAGAGCAGAACGCAGUCACAGCAGCAAAUGCUGAAGCAAGACUCACAAGAGCAGGACAGGAAACAAAAGCAGCAUCAGGCUGCCAAAAGGAAACUGUUCCAGAACAGAAACCGUUCACAGGAGAAGGUGCAAAAAGAAGACCAAAAGCACUGUGACCUUCAGCAGUACCUCAGGGAACAGAAUCUUUUGAUGCUCCGGGCAUCGCUGCUCGCGUAAGGAAACAGCAGAGCAGGUAAGCAGGUGCUGAUCAGUUCACAAACCUGUUCUGCACCUCGAUGUAUGGCAGUGUGCUGCAGUCUGGGUGCCUGAGUGCAGCUGUGACAAAUGGAAUUAGGACUCAUGGAUAAGAUCUUUUAUUUCCCUUUCAUUGCAGCCAGCACCCAUUUUCACUGCUCUGUCCCUUAAAAACCUUUUUUCUUGGGGUUACUAUUCUGGCCAUUGUGUGGACCCCCACCUCUGUCAAAAUGUUCUUCAGUCUUAGGCGUAUGCAGCAACCCCGCUGACAUGCCCAGGUCUGCAACGCAGAGCCACACUGGUACUUCA